ACACUAAAAUAACCCAAUCAGAAACGAAAUCUUAUUAACUUCAUUUGAAUACCGUAUCUAUAAAUGAGUGUGGACUCUGCCACGGUGGUUAUUUCCCCAAGUGUUUGAUAUAGUGUAUAAUCUUUAGCGCAACGAUGCCUGAACCUACCAAGUCUGCUCCUGCUCCGAAGAAGGGUUCCAAGAAGGCGGUGACCAAGGCGCAGAAAAAGGACGGCAAGAAGCGCAAGCGCAGCCGCAAGGAGAGCUACUCCGUGUACGUGUACAAGGUGUUGAAGCAGGUCCACCCCGACACCGGCAUCUCGUCCAAGGCCAUGGGCAUCAUGAACUCCUUCGUGAACGACAUCUUCGAGCGCAUCGCGGGGGAGGCGUCGCGGCUGGCGCAUUACAACAAGCGCUCGACCAUCACCUCCAGGGAGAUCCAGACGGCCGUGCGCCUGCUGCUGCCCGGGGAGCUGGCCAAGCACGCCGUGUCCGAGGGCACCAAGGCCGUCACCAAGUACACCAGCUCCAAGUAAAUCUGUCAAGGGAGAGAGAUGAAUGCAGAGAAGAAAUGAAUUCAUAAAGUAACUGAAAAUAUGAGUCUGUACAUAGCAGUUACGAAGCAUGAAAACUGAUUUGCCUGAGAAUGAUUGACUAGUAUGUAUAUCCAAAUCCAACCCAUCCUGGUUUGCUGCACUUUGAUUCAUCAAAAGGAGAUCAUUACCUGAAUGGAAGAGACUAAACAAGUUGUUUUAGCUUUUUCACUUUAUUUUUUGUUUGAGUGAUAAAAAUGGAAUGUAAUUCUGUUACAGGCCUACUUACUGGGAGUCCACUAUUUACCAUGGACUACCUUUGCAAGGAAAAGUCUGAAUGAGAGGAUGGCAAAGUCUGUAAAUGAAAUGUUAUCAUUAAUAAAAUCUGUAAAGCAUUGGAA